AAUUCAUCUGAUGCAGAUCACCUCAGGUAUCAGAAAAACACACAUCGUCUCUCCUUUUUCUAAUCUGGUUAACAGAUUUGAUAGUUUUCAACAAAAUGGAUGAAUCUGAUCUUAGAGUGGCAUGGUUAGCUGCCAGAUUGACAACUUUCUACAUUGCUCGCAGUUCAUCUCCUAAGGAUAAUGAAAAGCUUCUCCUCAAGAAGCUGCAAGGACUGGUCACAAAUUUAAAAUGGAGCUCAGAGGAUGUCACUAAGUUGUUUGACGCUCUUCUGGAGCGAUUUGAAUCAACAUCAACAAAUGACAGACCAGAUCUCCUCACAUGGAUGAUGGAAAUGUUGCACUGCAUAGAGAUUAAUUAUAUUACAUCCAGUUGCAUGAAGACAGGAACAGGAAGGACACUUAUCGAGCUGGUCAGAGACAAAACUAUAACGGAUUACUACUUCAAGAAAUGCUUAGCUGAUGAAGCAGAAAAGACACUAGAUGAAAUUCCUGAAGAGAUCCGUCAAGAAAAGUUAAACCAAGUUGAUGAAAAACUUUUAGCCGAUGUGAAAGAUAUUGUAUCAUCUGUGCAUGAAAAAAAAUCUGUGCAGAACGACGGAUCAGAGUGGAGUGAACUCAAAAAAAUCUUGCAGAAGCUUUGUUGGGCAGUGGAACAAACAGCUAAAUUCAAACCACGACUGACACAGAUGGUGAGCUGGUGUCUUUUGGCUCUUUCCAAAACAGGGCGGUUAAUUCAGGUUGGCACUGGAGAGGGGAAGUCAUGCAUAGUGGCAAUGUUUGCAGCUUUUCGAGCUCUGAGAGGAGAAAAAGUAGACAUCAUGUCUAGUUCUUCAGUUCUGGCAGAGAGAGAUUUGGAAGAAUGGAGAUCAUUUUAUAAAAUGUUGGGUAUCAGUGCAGACUGUAACACAAACAAACGAGGUCAAGACUCAAAAAAGUGUUAUGAGUGUAAAGUUGUUUAUGGCACUGUGGAAGAGUUUGCUGGAGACUGGCUUCGGCAGCACUUUAACAGGACAGACAUAUUUGGACAAAGAGGAUUCCAGUGUGCAAUCGUGGAUGAAGUGGAUUCGUUGAUGCUCGACAAAGGUCAUCACACGGUCUAUUUAAGUAGUGACAUGCCUGCUUUGCAACACCUCAACCCACUCUUGGCAUUCAUAUGGGCCACUGCUAAUCAGUACAUUGAGAUUGGUGCAGGGCAGACCGUGGGGCCUAAAUACCCCUUUCAUCAAGUUGUGCUUGAAAACAUUAAGGAAGCUGAUGAGCUUGCUAUUCUUCAAAUAGCUGAGGACAUAGGUGUACUGCCAAAGGGGUCUAUCAAGGACCUAAGAAGGAACCCAAAGCUUUUUACUGAAAAAGUUUCAAGUGUUUCAGCUAACCAGUUGGCUGAGUUCUUUAAGAGAGUAGAGAGGAGAUUUCCAUCUUGCCAGUUUGCCCUCUACUGCAAAAAUAGCAAUGGAGCACUUGAGGAACUGAACAAAGCAUCUCUAAGGGAAAAUGAGGAAAGACAGAGGGUGCCAGUGCUUUUAAUUGAAGGUGGCUUUUGUCAGUACAUCUACUCUGAUGAAAAUAGCGUGCUGAGCGCUGCAGAAGCAGAAAUAAAGCGUGCUCUGCAUUUCACACCAUGUGAACUGAGCCAGGCUAAAAGCAGCUGCUAUAUCCCGGGCUUCUUCUCAGAUCUGGUUAAAUCCAAACUUAAAGUUUGGAUUGCAAAUGCAUUCCAUGCUAAAACCAUGACAAAGGACCAUGAAUAUAUAAUAGAGACACAUGGAAUAGUGCCUGUGGACUACAGCUGUACAGGUGUUGUUGAAAACUACAUGCAAUGGACAGAUGGACUUCAUCAGUUUCUUCAAAUGAAACACCAGGGUAAGCUUAGUGACAUGACAGCAAUCACAAACUUUAUGUCCAAUGUUGGCUUGCUUCAAAAAUAUGGAAAUCAGAUCUAUGGAAUGUCAGGAACUCUUGGCCAACAAGCAGAGACUGAGACUUUGCAGAAAAUCUAUGAAGGUAUCAAAACCUGUCAGAUACCUUCAUUCAAACGCAGAAAGCUGUUUGAGGUUGAAGGGCUGGUUGUAAAGGAUGAAGAAGAAUGGAUUAAGAAAAUCUGUGAUGCUGUUACUGCACAAACCAGCCUGACACCAUACAGGGGUCCAAGAGCUGUGCUGGUCAUCUGUGAGACCAUCAAACGAGCAAAGGCUGUCUAUCAUGCUCUGGGAGAUAAGGUCCCAAACAAAGAGCUGUACAUAAACAACAACAUGGACAAUCGGAAAAUCUUUGCCAAGAAGCUUGAAGAAGUCAUCAUUGCCACAAACCUUGCCGGUCGAGGAACAGACCUUCAGGUUUCUGAAGAAGUUAAAAGAGCUGGAGGUUUGUUUGUUGUGCAGACCUUUCUCCCAAAGAACGCCCGUGUGGAGGCCCAGGCAUUUGGACGCACUGCCAGACAGGGAUCCCCUGGGUCUGCUCAGCUCAUCGUCUGUUCCAACCAUCUUUCAGAGCCACUUCAAUUACUAAUUUUAACAAAGAAACUUCUAUCUCUUUUUGAAAACAUGCUAGAUGCCACUUCACUUCAUCAAAAAAUGUUUGUGAUGCAAUUGCGGCUGUAUCAGAGAAGCCACAGCGAUGGAAAAGCUAAAGCAAUGUCUCUGGCACAGUCACAUAUUUUGUCUGAAAAAUCCAAGUCAGAAAUACAGAUCGCCAAAGAGGUCAGAGACAAGUCAGUGGCUGAAGAACUAUCCAGCUACCUAAUGUGUGUGGUCCCAAAAAUAAAGAAAGAGGAAAAGCUCUUCAGUCUGUAUCUGGACAUACUAAAUGAGGUGUACAGAAGCAGUAACAACAAGCCAGCAGCUUCAGAAUUGUCUGCACUGAAUGAAUUCUGGGGUAUGUGGCUACUCACAAGCUUCAAUGAGAAAGACUCUAUCUCAGAUCUGAAAAGCAGACUGGAUACUGACCUCAACAUCGCCAGGGAAAAACUCAGACAGAGAGAGUCACCCUCAUCAAACCUGCACCACUACACUGCCUUUGGCAAUGACCUACGUGAAAAAGGAAAACUUGCAGAGAGCAUCAGAAUGUACAGUAAAGCCAUAGAGGCAGACGCCUGCUGGGCAGCAAUUGCCUACUACAACCGUGCUUUCACAUCUCUGAUCCAGCAAAACUCACAUCAGAAUCCAGACUGCAUCGAACGAGCUCUGGAAGAUUUGCAAACCGCACUGAAAUCUGUUGAGUUUUACUGUGAACAGCUUGAAGUCACUCACAGAUACUCCAAACCACAAACCGAGGACCUCUGCAGUGAUUUAAACACCAGGUUUGAUGGACACAUGAAGGCCAGAUGCAGAGUGUUUCUGCUUUUCAAGGAAAACAUUAAAGAGGCCAUAAAGAAAGUCGACAGGGCCAGAGACAUGGGUGGGAAUGUAAAGGUGGAGGAGGAACUCGUCUACUUCCUGGUUCCACUUGUGGAUUUUCUGCCCUUGGCAAUCCUUUCCAUGGAAUCAGUGGAUGAAAUUCGACGUAGAGACAUUCUGAGGAUCCACCAGCUUGUCAGCCAUCCCUCCUUUGACAUUCUGAAUGAACUCAGGUGUCUUGAGUCUCUGGGCCUGACUCAUAUCUAUACUUUAGACACACUGUUCUCUGUAGGGGGCUUUUUCUCAAAGAUAGGUCGGAAAAUACGCCAAGCUCUUGAUUAGAGGGAAGGAAUUCACAGUCUGAGCAAAAUCUGCAAGCAAACAAUGAUGUGUGGAAAGCUUGCAUGGACUAAGAAACACAGCACAGUUCUGACAUGCUGUGGGACUCUGAGCUAAUAUUUUUGGCUUCAUUUGUAGUUUUUGCUGCAGCUUUGAGGAUACUUAUCAUCCUUUAGAAAUCAUUUUGAUAGUAACUGAACUUAAUACACAUUCCUUCUCCACUGUUACAGGACACAUAAUAUGGGAAUAUUUUUUUAAUAUUUGAUAUCAGUUCAAAUGAGUAAUAGCUAUAUGCAAUAUAUAAUUAAUAUGUUCAUUUUGUUGAGGUUUUUGACUGUAUUUGAUUUUGAUGAAAA